AUGCGAGUAAAUUAUGAUAACAUCCAAGUUACGAAACCAUAUCCUGUCGGAGGACAAAGGAUAGAGUUUCGAAACGCUAAGACCGGCAGAGUUGUUACAGAUUUCCAAUUUAAAGUAUAUGACCUCUGCGCUCAGAUUCCAAAAGGCUACGUAUCAACCUAUAAACUAAUAUCGGACGCUUUGUCAAGCUCUCCUCGUGCAGUAGGCGGCGCACUUCGAGUGAACCCUUUCGCUCCGUUUCCUGUUCCCUGUCAUCGAGUUAUUUCUUCGAACUACUUUAUUGGCGGAUUUGACGGCGAAUGGGGCACCGGUGAAAAAAUCUGUGAUAAACGAGAAAAAUUAGCAGCUGAAGGAAUUACAUUUGAUGAACAAGGCUACCUGUCAAGAUUCUCCGUUGAGAUUCUUGCUCUCUGCUUAAUAAUUUUUUUUAUUUUUAUAUUAUCUUCUGUAAUCUUAAAAGAUACUCCACUCGAGUAUCGUCAUUAUGGAAAUUCUAUAAAAACGCAAUCCUACGCGCGAGUUGGGAUUAUGGGAAAUCCAUCAGAUGGAUUCUAUGGUCAAACUAUAUCAAUGUUAAUUAAUAAUUUUUCUGUCGAGUUGACUUUACUUCCAAAUGAAUUCGCAAAUAACCCAAAAGAAUAUCAAGUCAUCAAUUUCCAAUCUUCUGAAACCGGUCAAGUUAUGUACACUUUUCCAAACAUGAAUGCGUUAAUCACCACCAGCUCAUCGAUUUUCGAUCAAGACAAUCAGGGAAGCUCAUUACUUUGGGCAACUUGCAAAGUUUUCCAUGAAUAUUGCAAAACGCAUGAUAUUCCCUUUCUUGGUGAGAAUAAUAAUAGAGGAUUUACCAUUUCAUUCAAGACAACCAUCCCGCGACAAGUUGGACUCGGUGGAUCAUCAGCAAUAAUAACCGCCUUUUGGAAAGCGUUAAUGAUUUUUUAUGGGGUUAGUCGUAACCAAAUUAGCCUCGAAAUACAAGCUUCGUUGGUGCUGGCUGUUGAAAAAGACGUGUUAGGAAUUUUUGCGGGUUUACAGGAUCGUGUGAUUCAGACGUUUGGUGGAUUGAUGUUUAUGGAUUUUGGAAAAGAAUAUUUGGAAAGGCAAGGAUUUGGAAAGUAUGAACGCAUUUCGCAUGAAAAUUUACCGCCAGGAUUGUGGUUGGCUUACGAAACCAAGCCCAGUGAUUCAGGAAAAAUUCAUAGCGAAGUGCGUACAAGAUGGGAGGCAGGUGAUGCACAGGUAAUCAGUGCAAUGCAUCGUUUUGCAGAGUUUGCAAAACAAGCCAAAGAAAUCUUGUCCCAAAGAACUAAUAAUACACAACAAACAAGAAAUCAUGCUCGUAAAGAACUUGCACGACUUAUGAACGAGAAUUUCUCGUUACGUCGUGAAUUAUACGGGGAUCACGUCUUGGGACCGGCAAAUUUAUUUAUUAUUGAAAUUUCGCGUAUAUAUGGAUUUGCCGCAAAAUUAACCGGAUCCGGAGAAAGAGAAGGAUUUGCUUUUGAAUGGAUAAAGAUUCAGUUACUUGAAAAGAUAGAGCAUUGA